UUUUAUAUGCUUACAAAUUCUUAUCUGCUUUUAUUCCUCCACUUUCUUAUUUCUAUCUUUUCUAUCUUUUCUAUCUUUCACUUCAAACACUAACACGCAACAAUUCUCUUCACAAUAUCAUCUACUAGGGUUCAAAUUCGGAUCUCAAUUCAUCUUAUUACUAGGAUGCUAAAUCUAAUUAUUUCCUCUAUAAUAUGUAUAGAUAAAAUAGGUUACCGAGAUAAAAUGUAAGUGUAACACAAUCCAACUGUAUCGCACUCACUCACAAUAGAUUAACGCCUCUUUUGUAGUUUCAUCAUUCUUGCAAGCUCUCUGCUUCUUCUUUUUUUAGGUUUUUAUUUGGAUGUAAAUAGUUUGUACUUGGUUGGUAAUUCAUGAUUCUCUGAAUUUCCUGCUGGAAAAUUAAGAAACAGACCAGUGUUAGUUUGGUGGAAAACUGAGAUUUGGAUUCGGAUCAGGUUGGGAUUGUGUUUGGUUGUUCAUAGUUUCGAUAUGAAUUUCAAGAGCUUCGGGAAUGAAGCUGGUGGCGACGGAGGAGGGAGGCCGGUGGGGAACUUCUCCCUCACGCGGCAGCCGUCGGUGUACUCGCUGACGUUCGACGAGUUCAUGAACAGCAUGGGAGGUUCCGGGAAGGACUUUGGCUCCAUGAACAUGGACGAGUUGCUCAAGAACAUUUGGACGGCGGAGGAGGUUCAGACAAUGGCUUCGGCGGGCGUUGCCACCGAGGACGUAGGAGCCGGCGUCAGCCAUUUGCAACGGCAGGGGUCGCUGACACUGCCGCGAACUCUGAGCCAGAAGACAGUGGAUGAGGUUUGGAAGGACAUUUCGAAGGAUUACGGUGGGCACGGAGGGCCCAAUCUUGCACAGACGCCGAGACAGCCCACUCUGGGAGAGAUGACUUUGGAGGAGUUUCUGGUCAGAGCUGGUGUUGUUAGAGAAGAUGCGAAGCCAAACGACGGCGUUUUCAUGGAUCUGGCUCGUGCGGGGAAUAACAACGGUUUGGGGUUUGGGUUCCAGCAGAUGAACAAGGUUUCUACUGCUACCGGUUUGAUGGGUAACCGGUUGAACAAUGAUCCACUGGUGGGUCUUCAGUCUUCUGCCAAUUUGCCUUUGAGUGUUAAUGGGGUGAGAUCGUCCAGUCAGCAGCCACAGAUGCAGAGUCCACAGUCUCAGCAACAGCAUCAGCAGCAGAUAUUUCCUAAGCAGAGUCCUAUGUCUUAUGCAGCUGCUCAGAUGCCCCAGGGAAUGGUUAGAGGUGGGAUUGUGGGACUCGGUGGUGAUCAGGGUUUGAGCGUGCAAGGUGGAGGGAUUGGUAGGGUUGGUUUGGCACCUGGGUCAGUUCAUGUUACUACUGGGUCUCCUGCUGCUAACCAAAUAUCCGGUGAUAAGAUGACCAAGAGCAAUGGUGAUACCUCGUCUGUCUCACCGGUUCCUUAUGUCUUUAACGGAGGCAUGCGGGGGAGGAAGACUGGAGGAGCUGUGGAGAAGGUGAUAGAGAGGAGGCAGAGAAGGAUGAUAAAGAACAGAGAGUCAGCUGCCAGGUCACGGGCACGCAAGCAGGUGAAUAUUUGUUCCACUAUCCUAAAUUUAGCAAUCAUAGUUCUCUUGCAUUUGUAUAUUCAAAGGAACAAUUACUUAAAUGCAAAAAGAUAUCAAUGGGUUGAUGCAAUCACUUUAAACAUGUACAUAGGCAUGUUUGAGUAAAAAUUUAAUUAAAAAGAGCUUAUGUCAUUAGGGCUUAAUCUAUAACUUUGAUGAGAUCAAGCUAGCAUGAAGCUUAUUAAAAAGCAGCUAAAAAGAGCUUUGGGAGGGUUGUAAGCUACGUUUUCAAGCUUUAAUUAAACACCUUUAACUUUCAGUUUAAAUGCCUAAAUGCAAGACGAGCCUAUGAUAAAACUUGUGUUUGUCUACAACUCAUCUGUUGUCUUGCAACCUCCAUCUACUGGUAUGAGAUAAUCAAAUG